AUGACGCACAAAACACGUGCCGUUAUUGUGGCAGCUCAGAGAACACCUAUCGGUUCCUUCCUUGGAAAACUUUCUGGCUUUGAUGCUCCCAAGUUGGGAUCAUUGGCCAUUCGUUCCGCAACACAAAAGGCUGGAGUUGCUCUUUCCGAGGUGCAAGAAGUCAUCAUGGGAAAUGUAGUCUCAGCAAAUUUGGGUCAGGCACCUGCUCGUCAAGCAAGUAUUCAUGCCGGACUCCCUGAAAGUGUUGUUUGUACAACUGUGAAUAAGAUGUGUGCAUCGGGCAUGAAAGCAGUCAUGUAUGGAACUCAAAACAUUGAAUUGGGCAUUCAUAAUUGUGUGGUUGCUGGUGGUUUUGAAUCCAUGUCCAAUGCUCCAUAUUAUAUUCCACAGGGUCGAUCAGGCUAUCGAUUGGGUGAUGGUAAAUUGGUCGAUUCAAUUCUUAAGGAUGGUUUGACUGAUGCCUAUAAUGGCGAGCAUAUGGAGUUUACAAAUAUUAAUAUGGACAAGGUUCCACAAUUGAAACCAGCAUUUGUGAAGGAAAAUGGUACUGUCACUGCUGCUAAUAGCUCAAAAUUAUCAGACGGUGGUGCUGCUUUGAUUUUGAUGAGCGAAGAGAAAGCAAAGAAGGCUGGUAUUAGACCAAUUGCAAGAAUUUUGGGAUAUGGAGAUGCUGAAAAGGCUCCAAUUGAUUUCACAACUGCUCCAUCUUCAGCCAUUCCAGUGGCUUUGAAGCAUGCAGGAGUUUUGCAAAGCGAUGUCAAUUUGUGGGAAAUCAAUGAAGCAUUCAGUGCUGUUGCUUUGGUCAACAUGAGACUUUUGGGAUUGGAUGUCAGUAAUGUCAACAUUUUCGGAGGAGCUGUUGCAUUGGGUCACCCAAUUGGUUGCAGUGGUGCUAGAAUUCUCUGUACUCUCAUUAGUGCUUUGAAGCACAGAAAACAACAAGUGGGUUGUGCUGCCAUUUGCAACGGAGGAGGCGGUGCUAGCUCUGUUGUUAUUGAAUUGCUCUAA